GUUGUUUUCCUCUCGAUUUGCAUACACUUUCUGGAUGUUUUGUUAGCAGACCUAAAUGUGGACCAAAGCAGAAAGGCUGUUCUUUUUUAGCCUUUGAUUAAGCGAUAAGCAUUCAAAACACAAUAGUCGUGUGACAGGUGCUCACUCACUCACUGCUCAGGACCCACAGACGCGCCGAGCGUCUUAGAAGAGUUGACACGUCUUAUAUCGUAAUGUGUGUUGGCACUUGAUGUUUAAAUGGGGCGGACCUCAUGACCACCACAAUGGCUGCAGAUUUAUUGGCCAACAGAAGAACGACCUUACGGACUUCAAGGAGCAGAUGGAGCAGGACGGACAGAUCUGAACUUGAAACUUUUAACGAAGACAUCGUACAGAACUGGCUUACGUCAAUCUACAAGGAAGAAACAAAACCAGAGGUUGCCCUGGAGACGACAGCGAAAACCGUAAGGGAAACUGACAGCAAAGAUGAUGACCUGGCAUUGGGAGUGGAAGCAUCUUUAUAUGGUAAACGCUCCUUCAGGACUGUACGCGAGUUUCUGAGGUCGUCUCAAGAUCUUCCUGCUCUGUGCAGGUGGAACAGCUUUGCAUCUGCUUUCUCGACGCAAUCUGAAGUCAGCGUUAUGGAUGUGUUGAACAUGAUGAAGGACGACCCUGAAGAAUUCCUGCUGGAUUUGGGGUUCGGCAUUGAUGAGCCUGACAUCACGGGAAGAAUUCCGGCACGAUUCCUCAGUUACCAAUCCAAUGCCCGUGGCAUCAGCUUCCAGCUGUUUCUGGAUGCUCAGCAAAGCCGAAUUGACAUCGAAAACCCAGACGUCAGGAGUCGGUUUAGACAGCUCGAAGUUCUCCAGCAGGUCACCACAACGUUCUCCAAUCUGGUCGGUGCUCAGGGUUCAGACCCAUCUUUCUCCCAGACGGAGGCACGUGAAAGAAGAAAGCGUGUGGCCACCAUUCUGCGUAGGGCUGCCAAGAAGACCCUCAGACAAGAGCGAACGUCACAGGCCAAGCCUUCUUCCGCAACCUCGGCUCAGUCCGAUCCAGAAUCCUUAGUAGAUAAAAGAAUCCCUCCAAAACGCAGCAAAGUGUCUGACAGCAGCAGUGUCUCUCCUCUAAAAGAAGAGCACGGCGUUAGUUCGGAGCCUGUUGUGAGAGUAACAACAGACCGGUUGAAACUUGACUCGGUCCCAUCGUCCGUGGGAAAGGGGACGCGAGAGCCCUUGGAAUCGUUCGAGCUGGAGGAGAUUCAGAGUGUAGAUGAGGGAAGUGUUCUGGGGAAAUGCAGCGGUCCUGUGGAUCCUGGAGGUGGACUUUUGGACUCUCAGGUGAUGAGAACGAACAGCUGUCAGUCUGACAGCAGCGGCUUUUUAGAAGAACCGUUCAUACCUGCCCUGCUUCAUCACAACAGCCCUGGAUCUGAGCUCAGGAAGAGGCUGAAUGGCAUUUCACAAGACGAUACAAAAAGCCGGCAAAAGAACUCGGUACACACAAAGGAACAUGCCGUAGAACCACACAGAACCACAGAGAACCACAGUCACACCGACUCCUCCACAUCACCCUCUAUCAACAGUGUUCUGGGAAAAGAAAACUCUGGAAGUAUUCACAACAUAGUGGACUCGCACACUGUUCUGGGAACAGCAGACUCGGACUCGGGCCAGACGGAAAGAAUACUGACUGAAAAGAGAAAUUCAGAUUCUUCGUCACCAGAUAUUAGUCAAAUGAACAGUAAUGGUGUUUACACACUAGCAUACUUCGUUCAGAUGGAUCCUGUGAGUUAUCCGAUGGAAAUUCGUGACAGACUACAAACCCCCGAUCAGCGUUUUUAUACUCAAAGCACAUCCCUUUUUGAGGAACUACAAUCUGCUGAGACAAACUACUCUCCGGCUGUUCCGGGAACCAUUGUGGAGAAUAGGGUGACCACUCAUGAGGCAUGUGAGCCGGUUGUGUCCUCAGAAACCGCAGUCUCCGAUCACAUACCAGAAUCACAGUAUCAAACCGACCGUGCUGUCGGACUCAAUUCCCCCACGGCGCUCAAAUGCAGAAGAGAAUCUUUCUCCAGGAGGUCCUGGUCUGAUGUCUUCAUUGACAAUGACUCUGGAGUUGAGCGAACGCCCACCACAUAUUCUCCUUUUACAUCUGUGGAGACCUCCACUCCUUACUUGUGGAACUCUAUGGAGCGUUCUAGAGAUGUCAGAUGUUUGCACGUGCGGUCCAUGUCUCUGGAUACGGGGUUGUCUUAUGAGGAGGAAGACCGCAGGUGGGAGUGCACGCUGUGGGCAGGGACGCAGCGAUGCUUUUACUGCGGGUCUCCGGUCAGAUACAAUAACAGCUGGGCAAAAAUUCAACCUGAGCUGCCGUCUGAUCUGCCUUACUCUCUGAACGAGCUAGAAGACAUGAUGAAGUGCAUGAGAAAGUUUCGGACGGUUUUGACUGAAAUUGAAUUGAGGCUAGAUGAGGAGCAGGCGUCUGUGCUCGGCACUCUUUCAGAGUCCUACAGCGAGGAAGUGGAAGAUGUUUUGAGGCUUCGAGCGGCUGUCAAAGAGGAAGCCGGCGUGCUGGAACAGCAGUUAUCUGAUUUGGUUCAUCACUAUGACGACAGCAUCAAAAUAAAGCUGAAUCGACUCUUGGACGAACAGUCUCAGCUGUGUUCCCAGCUGCGGAUCGUUCCUUCUGACCCACCUGGUCCAGAACCCGCCUCCACCAGGAGCGUCGCUGUCCAGUGCUGUCUGAUCCCUGUGAUGUCCAGCCCACAGAGAUGUUGCCAUCAUCACUGCACAUGUCACACACAUCAGAGGACAUGGCAGGACCCUCACAGGUCCCCCUAUCAAACCCAGUGGGAUUCAAACUACAAGCCGGACCAGUUGGACUUUGUAGCCUUUAUUAAAAGUUUGAAAAAUUCAUUGCAGCUGUCUCUGAAAAGUACCUCGUUGGAAUAAGUAAUGCAGCGACACACUGUGACGUCCUGCAGAUUCCUGCCAAUCUCUGAAGUGUUAGGAAGUGCUGACUCCCGAGUUCAAGACUAAUAAAGAAUGAUGUGUAAACUGUCUAGAUGAAUUCAUGUCUAUACGUAUCUUCUCUGACGCAGCACAAGCCCCCCACAAUGACCACCCGGCAGCUUCACUCUCCCUCUUAUUCUUUACCUCUGUUUGUCGUCAUGUGUAAUGAAGCACUUCACUGUCACGCUGUGUGUUGACCGUAUAAGGAAGCAGCUGCUCUCCUGACCGACCAGAGUGUUUCACAUCCCUCAGAGCCAAUCCUGCUGCUUCCUGUUGGAUCCUUGAUCUCAUGCCUCUUCCAGUGUUUCAGAGACGUUCACAUACAUGUAUAUUUGAUGUUCCUGGAGAAUCCAGGAGAUACAUAUACAAUAGCGUGGCUUGUUUUCAGUUUUAUUGCCAUCAGAACUGAUAUUUUGGUACCACCAUAGGGAAACCCCCUACAAUAAAUAAACUGAUGAACUUUAUGAAUGAUCGAUUGUUAAAUUGUUACAUUGAAUCCUAUGGUAAAUGUUAUUUGUUACUUUACAAACUUUAGAAAAUGAACCAUGUUUUUUUUUUGUAGUACAAUCAUGGUUAGUUUUCGUAAGAGAUGGUUACAGCCAAGUUUUCAUUGUUACGGAGUUUAACAUUAAGUGUUAUUUUAAUUAAACCUUGUCAAUUCUGUAAAGUA